AUGACCAAACAAAGAGUUUCUACUUUUAACAAGAAGGUAGCAACUUAUGAACAAAUACAGCCACCUCAUAGUUGGGAAGAGGUUUAUCAAAGUAUUAAAGACUACAGAAAAACUAUAGUUGCUCCUGUUGAUACAAUGGGAUGUGAAAGAUUGGCUGAAGAACCGAAUGAUAUUAUUACGCCUCAGACUUCCAGAUUUCAGUCUCUCAUAGCGUUGAUGCUCUCAUCACAAACUAAAGAUCAAGUUACCGCUGCAGCUAUGCAAAGUCUUCGUCAACAACUUAGAGGAGGCUUAAAUAUAGAAACUAUAAUGCAAAUAGAUGAAGAAUUCUUAGAUCAAUGUAUUUCGAAAGUAGGAUUUCACCGUAGAAAAGCAAAAUAUAUUAAGCAAGCUGCAAAAAUCUGCAAGGAAGAGUAUAGUGGGGACAUUCCCAAUAGUGUUGAAGGAUUAAUGAAAUUACCAGGUGUUGGUCCAAAAAUGGGCAUUGGUGUAGACGUUCAUGUACAUCGCAUCACAAAUCGAUUAGGUUGGUGUAGAACUGAAAAGGCAGGACCAGAAGCUACUCGCCAGGCCCUGGAAUCCUGGCUUCCAUACUCGUUUUGGCAAGAAAUAAAUCCAAUGUUUGUUGGAUUUGGUCAAAUUACAUGUUUACCAAGGAAUCCCAGAUGUUUAGAAUGUCCAGUAAGAAACAAAUGUCCCUCAGCUAGUACAUGA